CUGCCUGCGAGGCUCAGAUUCCGGGCGCGCGCCACCCCCUCCCCCCUUCCAGGCCUCCUGCAUCGCUCCCCAACCUUCAACAUGUCAAUGAUCUUUGUGCUCAUACAACUUUUUGGAAAUCAAGCCGAGAAGGUUGACCGCGAUCCGGCCAUCCUCACACCGACGCAGAUUCUAUUCUGGCGCGAAAAAGCAGAAGAGCGCUUGCGCUGUCAGUUUCCCGAUGACGUUGUGGAGGCUGCAUGCCGCCUCGUAGAUGGCCCCCCCUUAGAGCCAGCCCCACUCUUCGCAGACGAGGGUAUACUCUUCGAGGGCGAACUUGAAGCCCUAUUCUUCGACUUCGAACACCAAGAAGCGGCGGAGGCUGCUGAGGUUCCUCCCCUACCUCAGCGAACAUCUACGCCAUGCCUGGCAUGCCAUCUUACUGCGACUGUUCUCUGUCUUCGCUCAGUGGUUUCAUGUCCAUUACGGAUAUCGCUUUGGAAUGGGAACGGCAUGUAUGAGGUUCUCAACGUGUCCCCGGUUGAGGACAGCUGGGUGGAAGGUCCGAUUGCUGGGCCAUCGACAUCAUGGGCCACCAGUGGCUCGUCGGUCGAUCAUGUCCACACAUACGAUAUGGAUGCCAAGCGCAAAAGCAGUCGGAGCGUUGAACCCGAAGACGAGAUCAAGGUGCCCGCUUUGACUUCCCCGUCGACAGCCAUAGCGGCUCCCAACGUCCUUCGCGAAUCAACUGCGGAGAAUAUUCUUCCAUGCAUUGCAACCCAAGAGUCAAGCGUCGAUGCCGCGAGGGCAAAUAACCCAGCACGGAAAGAAGAGGACGAUACGCCUACUGGCAUACUCCUGCGCAUCAUUGAGGAAUGCGCGAAAAAGCAGUCGAAGCAGGAGCGAGCGUUGAGGAAGAGCCUGGAUGUCGGCAUUGACCCACGUCUCACCGAUAAGGCGUACUGCGCGUCGAUCAAGCCACUGCCGCCCCCAACAGCCACCUAG